GGCGCCCGGAGCCCCGCCCUUUCUCCUUGGCUCCUCCGCAACGCGGUGGCCGGCCGGCCGGGCUGGGCUGUGUUUGCGCGCCGCGCCUGGGCGGGGGAAGCGAGUCCCCAGCCGCCGGGAAGGAGGAUGGCCUGCCUGCUGGACUCGCAGCCCGUGGCCCGCUUCCAGCGCUGCUGCGGGCUCUUCCCGGCCUCCGAGGGAGCGGCGGAGCAGGCCGGCAAGGUGGGGAACGGCAGCCCCCUCCACCUGCCCGCGAGGGACGUCGCCAAUGGGCGCAGCAGUCCGGCCAAGCAGCGCGCCCACCCUCCGGCCCCCGGCGCCGCCAGCAACGGCUGGAAGGACUGUUCACAAGAAUACGUUGUAAAGAAUUAUUUCUACUACUACCUGUUCAGGAUUUCCGCUGCAAUGGGUCAAGAGGUUUUCUACAUCACAUUCCUCCCAUUCAGUUACUGGAGCAUUAACCCCUAUGUUGCCAGAAGGCUGAUACUUAUGUGGUCUGUGGUUAUGUACAUUGGCCAAGUCUCAAAGGACCUGCUCAAGUGGCCCCGCCCUUGUUCUCCACCUGUUGUCAAGCUAGAAAAAAGGACCACUGCAGAGUAUGGAAUGCCAUCCACACAUGCAAUGGCAGCAACCGCCAUUUCUUUUACAUUUGUGGUUACAACUGUGAACAAGUACAAGUACCCACUUGAACUAGGCCUGCUGGGAGCCUUCUUAUUUUCAACUCUGGUAUGCCUCAGCAGAAUUUACACUGGAAUGCACACAGUUUUGGACGUGAUUGUCGGCAGCCUGAUCUCAGCCAUAUUAACUGCUCUGGCUUAUCCAACUUGGGACCUCCUUGAUCACCUGAUGCUGACCAGCCCCUGGUGCCCCAUGUUCUGCAUCAUUGUCCCCCUCAUCUUAUGCUACAACUACCCCAAACUGGAUUACUAUAGCCCCACUAGGGCAGACACAACCACUAUUCUGGGAGCUGGAGCUGGAGCAAUUACAGGGUUCUGGAUAAACAACCACUACGUUUCAAAUGUUUCGGCUGAAGAAGCGACACACAGCAUCCCUUCGGUCACUGGCGACAUGCUCUUGAUGGUUCUUGCACAGUUUUUGGUGGGAAUUGCUGUACUGCUGAUUAUACGGCAGAUCAUCAAAAGCCUGGCUCUUAAAUCACUGUGUUCUUGGUACAAGGUUUCUAUUAAUGACAUUGAAGCUAUGCAGCAAAUAGAAAUUGAAGUGCCCUAUAAAUUUAUAACCUAUUCUACCAUCGGCCUGAGUGCUACAGUGCUUGUGCCAUUGCUGCAUAAAUUAUUGGGCUUAAACUGAAUGGUGCACACUUUUUUUUAAGAAGCAGUCCAGAUUAUAGGGUGCAAUAAAAAUGCACGCAGAAGCAAAAACUUGAGGAGCAAAGUGUCGUGCCUUCCUGCAUAGCUCUACAACAUAGAUAAUAGUGGAGAUCUAAACUGAGUUUCCAAUAAUUUUUGUUCGCUGCAAUCUUUUAACACGCUGUGGCUGCUUCAGCGACUAUGGCUGUCUGGGCUAAACGUUUAGUGCAACUAGAAGCCUGCCAUGACAGACAGUCAGGUCUGUUCUUCCUAGAUCUAGUGGUUUGAAGAGGUUCUUCAGGGUUGUCAAACCUCAAGACAAGCCCUUCAAGGGAUGCAGCCAGAUCAGGGUAGUUGGAGAAGAGCCUUCUUUUUAGAAGACAAAGCAAAACUACAAAGUAAUUAUCCUUACAAGCUUAACAGUCUGAGAAUUGGGAGGAAGAUAAGCACUCUCAGGGAGAAAUAAGAUGCUGUAAACAGGGAAACUGGGUUGGCACUGAAUCUGGCUGCCCAUCCAGCAGGAUGACAAACACUGGAGUCAUAUCUUGCAAAACAGACUCCCAGUCAUACAAAUUCACAUGUAUGGGUAUAAUUGUGUUGUGUUCUGAACAUAUCCAUGUUAUUAAAUUAAGCUGUGUCAUGUCUGAAGCUGUGCUCUGGUAUGGUACGGUAUGCUAUGGCAUUGGCCCAGAAUGUGGAAAACAAUCACUGCUGCUGUGACUUGUAGGCCACCAAGAAAUGAAUUGCAAGGACCAAGUAACUGAUGGCAAGUGCAAAUGUGAUUGCAGAUUUAUUUUUUAACUAAUAAGAUCUUCAUGUCCUCUUUCUUUCCACUAAUUGCUCUUGUGCAAAGUGGUAUUUCCCAUUGGCAAUGAAGGCUCCAGCAAGACCUGUGAAACAACUGUUGCCCUUUUUGGAGCUUGAGGACAGGAUGAAACUAGCAUUGGUCUGACUUCGACGCUGCCAUUCCAGGUGUUGGUAAAUUGCUAUCUGCCUGCCGCUUUGCAUAGAUUCCCACUGUAGGGAAGCAAAUAUAGCACACUUAUCAGAGCCUUUAAAUGAAAUGCUGCUUAGACAUGCAGAUUUGAGAAUUAACUGGAGUCAAAAUUUUAACCUAACUUUAAUAUAAACAACAACAACAACAAAAACCUAAACUAGGAAUGGCUUAGGAUGGGAGAGGGCUAUUCUGUUCAUGUCUUGCCCACGGGUUUCCAAUAACGGCAUCUGGUUAGCCACUGUAAGAACAGAAUCUUGGAACUAGAAGAUGCUUCCUUCUGAUCCAUUAAGACUGUUCAUAUAUCCUUAAGCUUCAGUAUUACAUUAAGGGUAUAACUCCUACGUAUAUUCCUGCAAUUUGAACUUGUCCUAUAAGAAAUACAGGGCUCUCAUCUUUCCCGCCAUGCUCAUUCUUUAGUUAACAUGUUCUGUAAAAUGUGGGGGUUGUAUGAAGGCAAAGACCUGAAACCCACGGGGAUUCUAAUGACAAUACAGAACUCCCCUGGAGCAGAAUUUUUCAAUGUAAGUGGGGUUCUCUUCAUCAUGCUAAAGUAGACGCACUUGCAAGGUAGUGCUGGCAUAUAUGGUAUACUUGCUAAACCCCUCAAUCUUCAUCUAAAUUGGAGGUGAAUCUGUUGAGCUGGUAGGCAAGAAUAUGGGUUGUAAGAGAAUAUAAGGGUCCCUCCCAUCUGCCAACUACUGCAUUCUCAACAUCUCAGCAAAUUAUCGGUGUGACAGCAAGCUUGCACAGAAACGUGUGGUUGGACAAGGAUAUAUAUUUGCAAAUAAAUUUAUGUGUCCCCGCCUUUGCAAUGGCUUCAGAUUUAGCUGUAGCUCUAAAACUGCUCUUUUAAAUGCAUCUAUUUUAUUCUUUUAUGAUCACGUAUAUAUGCUGCGAUUUAUAAACCACAACCUGCACAAUUUCUAUUUUUGUAUUGUUUUACUGUAAGUUGUAAAGUGUAUUCUGAAAAUUCUGACUUUAUUCAAACUGAAAAUGUUUCCAGAAACUAUUUUUUAUUAAAGCUUAUUUUGUCACA